AUGACGGGAAGCAAGCGUCGGCGGUCUGUUCUGAGUCCCGACGUCAUCGAGACUGAGUCUUGUGAAGCGGUGACGUUUGGUCUGCGCGACGUGUCGCCACGCCAUGUUCCGGCGCGCCGAGUCACCAUUGAUUCUGAUGGAGAUCUCUUGCUGGUGGUCGGCGAAGAUUCGGUUAUAGAAGAUGAUGACCGUGACACCCACAAGCCCACCACAUUCAAGGUCUGUUCCAAAGCGCUCUCCCGCGCGUCGCCGGUUUUCAAGAGACUGCUCUAUGGAGGUUUCGCUGAAUCAAGGCGGUCGGAUACCAUGGAAUGGGUUGUGCGGCUUCCAGAGGACAAGCCCAACGCGAUGCAAUUGCUCCUCGACAUUCUCCAUAGCCGGUUUGACCAGGUGCCGGAUCGGGAAGAUGGGUCAACACGGCUCCAGGAUAUCGCGGACCUCACCGUCCUGACUGACAAGUACGGGCUGGCAUCAUGCCUCCGUCCCUGGGCUCGGGACUGGAUCGCACCGCUGGUUACAGACUUCAAGGCCAGGGAGGACUCACCAGAUCUGCAGAGAAAUCGACUUGGUAGCCCGAUGGACGAGCGGCUGUGGAUCAUGUGGGAACUCGGCCAUCGCGUUGAGUUCGAGAGAUUGACGAGGGAGCUCAUGUGGUUCACUUCCCUUGAUGCCGAUUCCUACUUGGUGGAUACGCAAAGUCAGCCACCGCGGCUCGUGUUUGAGAGAAUCAUGGAACCAUCAGGGGCGUGUGAAGUGAUAACUGCCGGACGCCUUGAACUCAUCACAUCGUUGCUGCAACCCUUCCAUCAAUGGGUGGAGUAUCUGAUGACCGACUCACCCGACGACAGGCACCCCGACAACAAAAAGGACUCCAUGCUCGGAGCGACCAUCCGGUCCUUCAAGCGGCACGACUUCUGGCCCUUGCCAGACGCGGCCAUAGUGACGGACAGUGCUUCCGCCCUGGGAAAGAAACUGUUCAACAUGUGCGAUUGCCUCUACCAGAACACUUCCUCGGGGAGUUUUUCCAAGGAGAUGAGGGAAAUGCGGGAUAAGACGCAGGCGUUUCUGAAGAAGACGGAGCUCCCCAUUGAGAUUAAGAGUGCGCAGGUGCGGCAUUUGGAGGCGCAGGCCAAGAAGACGGGGUUGGGGGGCAGGUAG